UUUCCUGUUUGUAACUGAACAAAGUACACACAAAAGAUUUCAAGACACAGAACAGAGAAAACUGAGGUACGGGUAAAGACACAUUUUACUGGCACCCUGCUUCUAAAGUACCCGAACAACUUUACUUAGAAAAAGAAAAGUUUGUGGGGGCAUUUUUAAUCCGUAUAUUUGCCUUAUGGCUACAUAAGGAUUUCUCUGACAGAGGAAGCAUGUCAGGAAACUCGGAAUGCCAGUUUUAUGUCUGGAUAAUUGUAGCCUUUCUGGGAUUGGCUCUAGUUGUAUCACUGAUCUUCAAUAUUUCCCACUAUGUGGAAAAGCAGCGACAAGAUAACAUGUACAGGUACUCUGAAGACUACAUUCCCAGGGACGAUGAAUAUUAUACUGAAGACACACCAAUUUAUGGUAACUUAGAUGACAUAGUCCCAGAACCAGUGGAUGAAAACUGCUAUGAACAAAUGAAAGCUCGACCAGAGAGAUGUACAAAUAAACUGCAAGAAGCCACCCUGCCUGCACAGGCAACCGAGGAACCACAGAUGUUCUAUGCCUCACUGGAUCACAACUGUGAGGGGAAGCACAGAAAGCCCAAGAAAGAGAAUACUUACUUGUUAGACAAGGAUGAAGACGAGCAGUUACGUGCAGUGGAUGCCAGCCUUUCUAACACCACUUCGGUAGACAAUUUCCCACUUGGGAGCCAGGAAAUAGAGGAAAACGUUCACGAUGAUCCCAUCAGACUGUUUGGAUUGAUUCGUGCAAAGAAAGAAUCUAUAAACUAGCUGGACUAUGAUCUAGCUCAAUAAUCCAGCUCUUAUUGGAGAUGUUAAAGAAAACAAAAUCCCUAUAAGGACACAACAUGACUUGGGAGGGUGACAAUCUAAACCAUUUGUUAGUGGGAUGGUGGCUUACCACUUAUCCAGAGUUUAUGUUCUUGUACACCAAAUGUAAUGCCAUGAAAAUUAGUUAUUUGAAUUUGCUUAACAAAUGCCUGGUAGCAGAAUGUAAAAUAAAAUCAAGUUUGCAAAUUGAGCCUAAUUACAAAGUCACAACUUCAUCAACAAUACUUACUACUCAGUAAAAUAAAACAAAAAAAUGUUUUAAGCAUAUUUGAGAACAUGUUGAAAGAAAAAUAAAAGCCACCUUUUAAAAAAUAUUUUUCCUUUUUCACCCCUUAAUUGAAAGAAAUUUCUGAUUGAAAGACAUGGGACAUUAAAUAUAUCCCUACGAGAAGUGAAAGAGUCUUCUUAAGAAGUAUUGUUUCCAAAUGGAAGUAUCUUUAUUGCUUUUUAAAAUUAUAAAGUUAAUUCAUGCUCCUUGUAACAAUAAAUAAAUAUAGAAAAGAAUUUGGAUAACCCACUAGCCAGAGAUAAUCACAACGAGCAACGUUCCACAUGUACAUACAUCAGUUGUCUCUCUUUCUUUCUUUUUACCAAAAAAAGGGAGUGAUUAUUUUACACAUAGUAUUUGAACUUUUUCCACUUAAUAUAUUGGGGGUUUAUUUUCCUUGUUUUUUGAAUUAUACCUAAAUACAGUUACAUAUUAUCAUUUUAAUGCCUGCAUAGCAUCUCAUUGAUGACAACAUUAGAAUUUAUUCAAGUAAUUUGAAAGUACAUUUAGCUCAUUUCCAAGUUCUGUUUCUCACCUUUACAAAUAAUAUUGCAAUAAGAAUGCAUCUCCACACGUGUUUAAGUACUUACCUGACUUCUCGAGGCUAAAUGCCUGGGAAAAGAAUUGCUGCUUUAAAAAGUGUACAUCGUGAGUCCCCAUAGAAUAUAUGUCUAAAAGGUCAAGAGUUUGGUCAAGGUAUGUGCCCAAUUUAAAUUCCUAAACUGCCCUCCAAAUAGUUAUUUUAAAAAAAUCUUUCUAUUAUCUUUCUCCAUUUGGAAUAGGAGUUUAAUUGGGUCUCAAGUCAUCACUGACCAAGGAAAGUGUAUAUGUGAGCUGUCAGUCCUGCCCUCUAACCAGAGCUUAGUGGAUUUUAUUCAUUCUUUCUUCAGCUCUUUGUUGAGCUCCUAGUGUAGUGUAGGCCCUAAGGCGUGUACCAUGAGGGCAGCAGAUGUAAAACAAGGUAGGCCCUGCCUCCAGGGAACUAUAAAUGUGUAGAAAAGAUGAGUAUCAGGUUAAUAAAGUACCAGUACUACUAAAAAAAAAAUACAAUGAAGAAUAUUGGAGAAUGAGAAACAAUAAUGGAAAGAAGGGCAUCCCUGAAGAGAAAAUUUUAAUUCUGAGAACUGAACAAGGAGGAGCACCCAUGUAAGAAGAGAGGAAUCUACAUCAUUGAAUUAUAUUAUUUACUAGCUCCUAAAGAUAUUUGAAUUUUUUGCCUCUGGUUUAUAUCAUUUGAAUUCCACUCAAUAUUUUGAGUUUUAUGUAUCAAAUGUACUUGAUGACUUAUAAUUUGGAAGGUUUUUAAUGACAAAUUUAUAUUCCUUAAUAAAUAAAAGACUAUUCAAGUUA